AUGGAGGAAAAGUGGUCUUCCACAGAAACUUGUGCUGAUGGUGAUAACCUUCAGAAUGAACAAAAAAUGGGGAAGAGCGGUUCUGCUUCUGCCUCUGCCUCCUCGAGAUGUAUCAGCAAGACUCUUGAGGACUUGCCUAAUUCGUCAGUCUCUCUAGAUUUGAGCAGAAAGGAUCUGCAGCAUCUAACUGAUGAUAUAUAUAACUUAUUAAACCUUAAACAUCUGCAUCUGGAAGGAAAUGCCCUGUCUGUGAUUCCUGAGGAUUUUUUUCAGCACCUGCCAAAUCUUGUUUGGCUGGAUCUGCGAUAUAAUAGAAUUAAAGAGCUUCCCCCUGGAAUUGGAUGCCACAAGCAACUGAAAACUCUGCUGUUAGAAGGAAAUCCUAUUAAAAGAUUGCCUGUUGAGUUUGGUGAUUUAACUUCACUUACAGCCCUGAAUCUCAGACAUUGUCCUCUGGAGUAUCCACCGCCUGAAGUGGUACAGAAGGGCCUUCCAGUUAUUUUAUGCUUCCUUCGAAAGUACAGUAAGCAGAAUCUUGAUGACUCCGAUCUUAUUACUCCAGAAUUGUCUUCUCCGCUGCAACAAGAAGCAAAGGCUAUUGUCAGAGAAUAUAAGAGAAAAUGUGACAGACCACCAGACCGUAGGAAAGCUUUCAACGAUUUGUGGAAACAGAUGAGCUUCAUUAAAAUGCCUCCCAUUGAAAAGUUAAACUUGACAGACCUCAUGAAAUCAAGCAUGGAUUUGUCAGAUGGAUGGCCUAACGAGGAGGAAAUGAUACAAUUUCAGAAGAUGAGGGAAGAAAUGAUGCAAGAUGAAAGAGAAGAGUAUCUGGUUGAUCAAAAGUUAUCCAAUGACUCUAUGACUUCCAUGUUCUCAAGGAAAUCCAAGGCAAAACAGAGCCUCUCUCGGAAAUGGUCUGUUGCCUCAUCCAGGGGCAAAAAGAAUCUGUUUCCUGCCAUUUCAUCCUAUGAUCUGCUAGUUCAGACUAAGAGGGCUGAAGAGUGUCGAUUGGCAGCACUCAAAGAAAUAAAGGAGAAACAGGCCUUAAUUGAACAGCGGAGAAAAGAUAAAGAAGUGCUUCAGAAAUGGAGGAGACAGGCCAAGUUGAUGAGAGAGAGGAAGGAAGUACUGUACACUACUCCAUCAGGAAAAGGAGACACGGGAGUUUCACAGAAUGCACCUUAUGCUACUGAUGACAAUAGCAAUUAUCACAGCAAGCUAGAAGGCUGGGAAGUGCAGAACAAACAAGACGCAAUGGAGAUGCUGAAUAUGAGCACAAUGAAAACCCUCGAGGAUGUGAGGGCUGCCAAAUACAGAGAAGUGGAAAACCGUAUCAAGCAGCACAUACAGAUAAUGAAAGAAAAAAAGAAAAAAUUAACAGAGAUACCCCAUGAAGAUAUGGAAAGAGCAAAGCAAGACAUUAAAAUGGUUGAGGAAUUAGAAGCAGAGCUAGCUGACAUGAAAAAGGACCUUCACCCAGAAUAUCGGUUCACAGCCUUUACUGGAGAAUUGCCAGCAUCACCGGAUAGUUCAUUAGGGGUCACAAAACCUCAAAAUAUCUUUUCUAACAUGACAUUUUAA